ACCAAGGUUGUCCUUCAGCAGGAUAACCUUGAGGGCGGCGGCUAUAGUAACGUGGGUUGAAAAUCAGAGAAAAAUUGUAUACACUUCUAAGAAAGUUUGCUGAACUCACUAUAAUUUAAUCAUCAAUUAUGUUCGCUUGCCUAAAAGGAUUGUCAGCGAUAGUAACUGGAGGUUCCUCAGGACUUGGAUUGGCUACAACAAAAAAACUCAUUGCAGAAGGAUGUAAAGUAUUAGUGUGUGAUAUACAAAAGUCUCCUGCAUUAUCCGAAUUGGGCAGUAAUUGUGUGUACUGUGAAACAGAUGUUGGUUCAGAAACAGAUGCAGAGAAAGCUGUCAAUUUGGCCAAAGAAAAGUUUUCAAACCUUCAUAUUCUAGUCAAUUGUGCCGGUCUAGCGGUUGCAUGCAAAACGUACAACACAAAACGACAGAAACCCCAUCCGCUUGAUUUAUUUGAGAAAGUUAUACGGACCAAUUUAAUUGGUACCUUCAAUAUGAUUCGACUUGCAUCUGCUGUAAUGGUUGCUAAUACACCAGACUGUGACAAUCAACGUGGUGUAAUAAUCAAUACUGCAAGCAUAGCUGCAUAUGAAGGUCAAGUUGGCCAGGCUGCUUAUUCAGCAAGUAAAGGUGCUGUGGCUGGUCUCACUUUACCCGUUGCUCGUGAUCUUGCACGAGAAGGAAUUCGAUGUGUAUCCAUUGCUCCAGGUUUAUUUAAUACAAAGACAAUAAUGGGAGAACGUGAAUAUCGGGAUUUUCAAUUACGCUAUUUAAAUGAUAUCCAAUUGGCUAUUCAACGUAUGGGUAAACCAGAAGAAUUUGCCGACUGUGUUAUAAAUAUUAUUCAAAAUCCAAUGAUCAAUGGAUCUAUGGUGAAACUUGACGGUGGAGGACGUCUUAUCUUUUUAUGAUACAUGAAACAUAUAAGAAAAUCAACCAAACAACCAUGUAUUUUAACAUUAUUUGUACAUAUUCAUGUAUAUAGUCUUUGUAGACAGAACAUGUAGAAAGGGUGGGUGGGUGGUACUUACUUUUUUGUACACAAAUACACACAAAUUGUACUUACUCGUCCUUUUGUUGUUUUCUUCUCUAAAUUAUAUUUUUUCUACAGGAUUUUUUGAUACAGCUUUAUUGAGUGGUGUACCUAAUGUUGAUUUAUUGAAAAAAUUACCCCUACUACCGAAUCGUGUAGGCAAACCAGAAGAAUUUGCUCAACUUGUUGAAGCAAUAAUACGUAUACCAAUGUUUAAUGGUGCUGUAAUUCGAUUGGAUGGUGCUGUACGUAUGCCACCGUAAAUUGAUUGGUGAUCAGAAAAUUUUUACGAAUUUCUACUGUGAAAAGACAAACAAACAUUGAAAUGUUGUUAGCGCUCUUUGUUGUGUAUAGUUUUAUGCGUGUAAAUUUGAAGUUUUUGAUGAAGUCGUCUUGUUCGUUUUGUUGUUUCGUUCCGUUCUUGUAACUUGUUCCUUGCGAUUU